AUGAGCGGGAAUAUCGUUGAGCAGGCGGUGCAGGCCACCAUCAAGCCGCUGCUGGUCGGCGCGUUCUUGAGCUGUGCAGCGUGUGGCGUCGUGAUCUGCUUGGCCCACCACUACUUCACGACUUUCAAGAAUGACCGGCUCAUCUUCAAGCUCCUCGUUGCGCUGUGCACGAUGCUCGCGGUGGCGGAUGCAGCGUGCAACGCAGACUGGUCGUACAUCUGGACAGUGACCAACUACGGAAAUAUCUUCAUCUUGACGCGGAUGGUCUGGCAUCUCUCCGCGUACUGUGGGAUGAUGACCUCAGCCGUCGCAAUCGUCCAAUGCUUCUUCUGCUGGCGCGUCUGGGUCGCCAGUCAGCGGAAGAACUUUGUCUUCCCGGGCUUCAUCCUCGCUUGCACGCUGGCCAUGUGGGGCAUUGGGAUCUACUUGACGUGGUUCUUGGCGAUCAGCGAGAAGCUCGAGUCGUUCAUCGUCGUUCGUGGCUUGGUCUGCGCAUGGGCAGGAGCGACCGCGGGCAUCGACGCGCUCAUUACGGGCGGCAUGGUCUACUACCUCCUCGUCCAACCUCGCCGCGCAGCCGCAGGAAACUUCAAAAGCAACUCGCGCUUGACGGAGAUGGCCAUCUACUCGGUCAAGACCAACUUGAUUUCGGCUAUUCUGCAGAUCUGCGUACUGGCUUUGUUACUUGGUCGGAGUAACUCGAUGGACUAUUGCUACCUCGGCUUGUUGGAGGCAAAGAUAUACAUCGGUUCGCUCAUCGCGACUCUGAACGCCCGGACGCCGUCGUCAAGCCCCGAAGCGUUCGCUACCCCCGUCGACGCCCUUCCACUCGCCUUCUCGAUCCACUUCUCCUCCAGCGCCUCGAGCACAAAGCGCUCUCACCGUCGCAGCGGGAGCGAGAAACUCGCCAAACUCGCAUCGCUCAUCGGACUCGGUCGCUCAUCCUACGCGCGGAACCAGCGGUCUCGCAGCGUACAUGUCACGGUCGAGCAGGAGGUUGCGGUUGAGCAACGAGAGGAGGAACAUGAGCUCAAGUCCCUCCCGUCGCUAGGUGACGUUGACCUUGAGGCUGGCGCGCCCUCGACGCCUCCUCCCGCGAGACGGUACACGAACAGGCCGAGUUACUCGCGCGGACCGACCUCGACCAUGUUUUCGACGAUGAGCGCCGGGUCGAGCGUGGCUGACCGAUGUGCCAUCGCGCCUUUUGCGACGGAGGACGAGGUGCGGAGUGCUGUGCAGGCGGAGGAGGGGCGUGCGGAGCGAGGAAGCUGGAGCGGUGGGUCUGAGGAAGGUCGAGGAGGAGUGUGA